AUGUACGUCCGUAUCGUAUACACCACCUCAAACACUCAGAUUUUUUUUUAGUGUUGACGUUAAUUUCACGGGAAUUUACGUAUAUUGACGCAAAUUUACCUUACAUUGACGCAGAUUGUUAUGGUUUGACGUAAAAUGACGCGAUACUACCUUCAAAAAAAGUUUCCCUUAUGCUAAAAAUGGAAGAGCCAAGCCUACGUCACUGCUUUGCAAAGCCUGGCUGCUUUGCAAAGCGUGGCUGACUUAUGUCUCGCUGCCGGUCUGCAGCAGGAUCUCUAUCAGCUACAGCGCGCGGUUUACUGAGUGGGUGUGUGAUCUUUACUAUUAUUGGCCGUAUUCGACUGGUCGUUCUUCGUUAAACCACGCUCACCUGCGCAGCGGCAAAAUCCUACUUAACGAAGACGACUGGGAUUUUCGUUAAAAAAAAUAUUUUUAUCCAGUUUUUGAAUUCUGUUAGUCUACAAUUAUUUUCGACGUCUUGUGGGUUUACAAAUAUUACAAUUUUUAUUUUCUCCAAUAUAAUCUAAGUUACCGUAUAUUAACGCAAAUGUUGUUUCUAAACUCACCAAUCGGCCAUGUUUGUUUUGGUCACGUGAAUAACUUAACGCUGAUUAACGCAGUCUGGUUUGCGUUAAGUUUCGUUGUCAACGAAUUCUAUUUUACGACCAACGAAACGAACCAGUCGAAUACGCCCACCAUUAAUAGGAGAGAUCAGCGGUGGGUACUGAGUAGUUCGAGGCACUUCAAAGAAAGGCAACCUGCAACAUUUGCUUGUUAAUGGACUAGAAGUCUGGAGAGUUCAUACAUUGUCCUUUAAUCUUCCCUCGUUACUAUGGCUGCAGAGGUUGCAAAUGUUGUAAAUAGAUGUGAAAGUGGAAAGGAGAGUUGGUCUUUAGAUUUAUCAAAUUGUGGCUUGAAGAGUGUUCCAGAUGCGAUUUUUCAUCUGAUGCGUAAUACAACUGUCUUAACAUGUGAUAUGUCAGGAAACCAACUACAAAAACUUCCCGCCAAACUGGCAAUUCAGUUUUGUGACAUGUCAGAAUUCAAUGCUUCUGGCAACAGACUCAAUGCCCUCCCUGAUGAGUUUGGAAACCUUGCAAUGCUCACCUAUCUUAACCUGUCAAAAAAUAGAUUUGUAAAAGUCCCAGAAGCUGUAUAUAACAUGGUGUCAGUAACUCAUCUAGACUUGUGUAAUAACCAACUAAAUGAACUUGAUGCUGGCAAGUUGAGAGAGAUGAAGUCACUGAAAGUGAUAAACUUAAAAAAUAACCCAUUGACUUCCGAGAACUGUCACCAGCUCAUUAAUUUCUGUGGUAUUGAGGUUAAGACUAGUCACCAUGAGGUAGACUGAUAUGAAUUCUGGAAGGAAAUUCCACAGUUCAAUGCAGUUUAGAGGUGGAUAGGAAUGGAUGUUCAGGAGCAAGGUUUGAAUAUCCUUAUCGAAUUAAAAAAGAUUAUGCUGUAAUCUAAAUACAGCAAAUUAUGUUGCUGCAUCCAGAAUAUUGAAGUCAAGAUAGAACUGGAAAUAUAGUAAAAGACAAUCCCAAGUAGCCAAAAUCUCAAAUUUUUAUCUACCAUAUUUAAAGAUGAUAACCCAUGCAGCUCUCCAUUGCUAAAGAACUGAUAAUAUUAAUAAUAGUUAUGAGUAAUAUAAUAAUAGUUAUGAGUAAUAGUAAUUCAACAUGCUUGAUAGGGUCAAGUGGGUUCAUAUUUAAUUAUUUACAUGAUUAACACACGACAGCUGUAUUCCUAUAGAUGACAUUUUAAAUAUGUGAUGCUGACCGUACCUGUACAAUUCAUACUGGGAGAGCUGAUAAUAUGUGGCAAAGACAAGCCAAACCUGUCACUCGUCUCAAAAAUAAAUUUUGAGUUAUUAAUACAGGAAAGAGUAAAGUAAGAGCUAUGAAAUGGUAAAAAAUCAUUCAAAUCCUACAUUUCCUGAAAGUAACAAGCAUUCAAACAUACAUCUGUUUAAAGAAAAAUAAAUGAGAAAUCAGCCUUCAAAGUUUAUGAUUUCAGGCCUAUCUCAUGUAGAAACUAUCAUCAAAUCCUUUAAAAAAAAUGUGGUUUUUUUAAUUUAAAAAAAAUGUUGUUUUACAUUGAAAAUGUGGAAAAUAACUUGACGUAGAGAUAUAUAAAGGUUAGUUUAGUGCAAUAAAAUGACAUUCCAGGAUGUCCAGGACGAUUUACGACGAGUGACUGGUAUGGCUUGUCUUUGCCACAUAUCAAUAAUAUAGUGUUUUAGUUAACUGAAGUGCAGAAGAUGAUGCUGCAUAUGUUUUUUUUAUAAAUUUCAGCAUACUUGAUAUUUUCAAGUGGAUUCACAUUUAAUUAUUAUAUGAUGAAGACACAUGACAGUAACAUUACUGUAGAUGACAUUUUAAAUAUGUUACUGUAUUGUGACCAUAUCUGUACAAAUCCUACAGGUAUGUGAUAGAAAAUGACAUAUAAUAUGAUGCUGUAAGUAAUAGUGGAAUGUUUUUACAUUAGCAUGUUUAGUAUUUUUUGAUAACCAUAUAACUAUUUUAUGUACUUAAUUUAGUAUUUAUUGUAGAUAGAAUUUUGAUUAAUUAUUAAGAAGAAUUAAUAACUUCUUUGUGACUACCCAGUAUGGAAUAGACUACAGGUGUUUUGAUCAGACCUUUCCGACACCUGUGAGGGGAGGGGUAGUACCUAAGCCGGGAGGAGGUCAAUAGUUUUGUCGAGUGCCAUUUCCGAGAGUCUAGCGGGGCCUAUUCAUAAAUUUGCUCCAACGGCCACGGAUCCUUCGGGGCCCCUUCGGUGCCCCUACCCAUAUUGUCUAGUAGGGUCCUCGCUUUAUAGCACCCUGAUCCAAAAGGGCUUUACUGAUACAAAACAGCAUAAUGUGUUACUGACAUCGACUGUAGGACAUGUAGCAUAUUAAUGCAGUGGGGUGGGUUGCCCAGCCGGCCAGGACCCCUUGCAUUUGUAAACAUUUUUUAAAAAUGGAGAUAAAGUAUCAAAUUUUAUGUCAGAAUGAGUGCCAUUUCCAGGCAUCUAGAGGUACCAAAAUCAUAAUUUGCUUUGCGACUCCCAGUAUAGAAUACACUAUAGGUCCUUGAUUAGACCUUUGCAAUGCCCGAGAGGGAGAGGGAGCAUAGCCCCACGUCGAGAGGAAGUCAAUAAUUUUUUGUCGAGGAACACUGCUUUGAAAAAGCAUACAGUAGGCCUAUUUUUACCAUCUGAGAGUGCCAUUUUCGAGUGUCCUAUUCUUAAAUUUUCUCAACUCAGCCCCAACCGUGGUGGGGCUGAGGUGGGUUUGGAAUACCUAUUGGGCCCCUCCUCGCUCCCCUGUCAGAAAAUUUCUGGAUCAGCCCCCUGACUUUGGGUGAAAGUUUUGCUUUUCCUGCAACUACCACAUGGAGGUUUUCCUCGUCAUCUAUCCUGUAUGUAGCCACUUACCACUCCUACGUUAAAAAGCUUCUGUGAAUGCAUAAUGCUGUAAAAGAUGAGGAAAAAACAGAAGCUAGUUUGAGCUUGGACAACUAAGCAAAUUUAAUUGUCUAAAUAACUCUGACUGUACUUGGCGAACAAGCAGACUACAACACAUGGAGGAGGUUGAGGUAUCCGAUCUUAGUGGUGUCAUGAUGUAUGCACCUGUUGAGACUAAACUAUUGUAUACCUAAAAAAUAUUAUAGUCCAUAUGUAACGGUCCUACACCUCCCCUUUAAGAUUUGGCUUUGGAAGGCAAAAUCUUUUCAUUACAAGUGUUAAAGUGUAAUAGCAAUGUUAAGUCCAUGAGAAAUUAGUCUGUAUCAAAGUCAUCAAUAUGAUGUGUUCUUCUGCGAUUCCUGCUUGGAUGAAUUUCAGUGGUGGGUUUAGGCAUAACCAAUAGGAGCGUAAACUUGCGUAGAUACUUUCUAUUGCUUAAAAAAAAAAAUGAAAAUAAUUAUUACCUAUCAUGCUGGUUGCAGCAGGGUGUGUUUCUGCAAGGUCAAAUUUGUUGGUGCAGGCUGAAAAUUUGAUGUACUUGAGAAGCAAGUGAUGUUUGCAAUGGUGAUAUUACACCUUCUGUUGAGAUUGAUACUGAAUGGGCUUCUAAAAAAACCUAAAAAAAUUACAAGUCAUUGAUAUAAUAAUAAUAAUAAUAAUAAUAAUGUUAUAUAUAUAUACCGCACAAUGCCGAAGCUUCUAUGCGCUUCACAUAAACAGAAAAAUAGAAAAAAACCCCAAAAAACUAAAACACGAAAUAACCUAAAACUAACCAAGACCGCCAAGAAAGUGAAAAACCAUCAUCACCACCGGCAAUUUAAGGUGCAAGACCGGCCAGUACAUUAUUCACAGCAUGCCAUAAUGGUGUGGUUAUCUAGCUGCCUAUGACAAAAACUAAACAUAAAAAAUUAGAGUGCACCAAAAAGGUGCGUCUUCAAAGCACACUUAAAGGAAGAAGCUGCUGCAGAGGAUCUAAUAUCGCAAGGUAGUGUGUUCCAAAGUUGUGCCGAAACAAUAGAGAACCUUUUAUCACCAUAUGUAGAUGUUGAUGUUCUCAGAGUUUGCAGUCUGAGUUGAGAUGAUGACCUAAGACUGCGAACUGAGUGGGGAGGGUUGACCAGUUGUGUAAUGUAAGCAGGGGUUGUUGAUUGAAGAGCUUUGAAAGUGGUCAGCAGUAUCUUGAAGAUAAGCCUCUUCUCAAUGGGCAGCCAGUGAAGGUCAUUGAGGAUUGGGGUUAUGU